UGCUGCCCAGCAGUGCCACCUUGUCGCCCACCAGUGCUGCCCAUCAGUGCCACCCAUCAAUGAUGCCCAGCAGUGCCGCCGAUCAGUGCCGUCUGUCAGUGCCUCCAGUUGGUGCUAUCAGUCAGUGCCGCUUAUCAGUGCCCAUCAUUGCUGCAUAUCAGUGCAUCAUCAGUGCCUCCUCAUCAAUGCCCACCAGUGCCGCCUCAUCAGUGCUACCUAUCUGUGCCGCCUCAUCAAUACCCAUCAGUGCUGCCUAUUAGUGCAGCCUCACCA